GGAGAAACUACAGGAUGAGGAGGGUAGCAGUGCACUGGAGUGGUUUUGUUACUGGGUUCUGCAAAGCACUGGGAAGAAAAUUGGCUAGUGGAUGAGGAUGUUGAGUGAAACACACAUCAGGAUAUUAUUUCCAAGCAUGAAAGCAUUUUAGUUUCGUUUCUGCUUGUUCACGUCAUGUAGGUGGAGUCUGUGCAUAGAAAAGCACCCAAAGCAGCUGAAUGCAGUUAAUUGUUUCUCCUUGCUGCAUGACUCUGGCAGAGUCUGCCAAGAGUGGUUGGUAUUGAUAGUAAUCACUGCUCGGUGCAGUACAUACGGACAAGCCAUAGAGAAGCCAGAAGAACAGCAGAACAUGAACGGUGCAGGGUUCAACUUUGGAUAUACCAAUCAGAUCCCAAACUCCAACACACCUUUCAGAUGUGCCAGUCAGAUCCCAAACUCCAACACACCUUUCGGAUGUGCCAGUCAGAUCCCAAACUCCAACAAACCAUUUGGAUGUGCCAAUCAGAUCCCAAAGCAGGAUAGUAACAAACCACCUUCCUUACGUUUCGUUUUUGGGUCACCUCCACCACCGCCACCAGACUGUAGCAAUCAGAUGGCUUCCUCUGUACCAGAACUGACUGACAGAAAGCCUGGGCAUGAGCAGGAAGUGUCCCAGAAGCAGAAUGACAGUGAAGAGGACAAGGAUGAGGCAGCAGAACACACCUUGCACAACCAAUAUGACAAAAAGAUCCGACCUUGUAUUGACCUUGUCGACAGCCUGAGAAUGCUUGGUAUAGGAAACGACCUGACAUUGCCUGCGAUCGCAGUGAUUGGAGACCAGAACUCUGGGAAAAGCUCUGUCCUUGAAGCUUUAUCUGGCGUUGCUCUUCUUACGGACAGUGAUGUCAUUACUCGCUGUCCUCUGGAACUCAAAAUGAAAAAAAUAACACCACCAUCAGAAUGGAAAGGGGUAAUUUAUUACAGCAACAUGGAAAUACAACUCCAGAAUGCCUCAGAGGUGAAGGAAGCAAUAAGAAAAGCCCAAGAUACAGUGGCUGGCACUGAUGGUAACAUUAGUGGAGAACUAAUUUCCCUUGAAAUCUGGUCCCCGGAUGUCCCAGACCUGACACUAAUUGAUCUUCCUGGAAUUGCCGGAGUGGCCAUGGGGAACCAGCCACAAAACAAUGGUCAACAGAUCAAAAUGCUACUUAAAAAAUAUAUUGGCUGCAAAGAGACAAUCAUUUUGGUAGUGGUACCAUGCAAUGUGGAUAUUGCAACAACAGAAGCUCUGAAAAUGGCUCAGGAAGUGGACCCCACAGGAGAAAGGACACUUGGGAUCCUUACUAAACCAGAUCUGGUGGACAAAGGAACCGAAGAGGCUGUCCUUAAGAUAAUGCGAAAUGAAGUCAUCCCACUCAGAAAAGGUUAUAUGAUUGUGAAGUGUCAUGGGCAACAGGACAUCAAUGACAAUCUGUCCUUGGCCUCUGCAAUCCAGCAAGAGAGACAGUUCUUCGAGACUCACAAACAUUUCAGCAUUCUUCUGGAUGAAAAUAAGGCUACUAUCCCUCAUUUGGCAAAUAAGCUUACCAAUGAACUUGUGGGACAUAUUGCUAAAACUUUGCCUGCAAUGGAGAUCCAAAUACAUGAUGUGCUGCAACAAGCAAAGAAGGAACUACAAAAGUACUCACAAAGCAUACACAAAACUGACCGUGAGAAGAUGGUUUUCCUUGCAGGAUUGAUCAAAGUGUUUAAUGAAGAUAUCUCUCAGGCAAUGUACGGAAAGGAAUCCUGGUUUGGAAAUGAAAUCAGAUUGUUUCCAAAAAUCCGCAGAGAGUUUCAUACAUGGGGAGUAAAGGUCCUGGAGAGCUCUGCCAAAGUUGAAGAAAUCAUAUGCAGUAAAGCGUCCAAAUAUGAACACCUGUACCGUGGAUGGGAGUUCCCGGGCUUUAUCAGCUACUGGAUAUUUGAGGACAUCAUAAAAGAGCAAAUUUCAAAGCUGGAGGAGCCAGCUGUUGUGAUGCUGAACAAAGUGAUCUGGAUGGUUGAAGAGAAAUUUUUGCAGCUGGCUAACAAGCAUUUUGCUAAUUUUCAGAACUUAAACAAAGCUGCUAAGGCCAGAAUUGGUUCCAUUGCAGACAGACAAGCAACGACUGCGAAAAAUUUCAUCCUGACUCAAUUUAAAAUGGAGAGAAUUGUAUACUGCCAGGAUAACAUUUACGCAGAUGAUUUAAAAGCUGCCCGGGCAGAAAGCAUCAACAAAAAUACAAAAAUCAAAGACCUUGGUCCUGCAAUUGCUUCAAGUCAAGGUCCCAGCUUUGUCCUGGAAAUGGUUUCUCACACAAAGGCCUAUUUCACUGGAGCAAGUAAACGCCUGAGCAAUCAGAUUCCUCUGAUCAUCCUCUCUACUGUUCUUCGUGACUUUGGAGAUUAUUUGCAGAUCUCAAUGUUGCAUCUCUUGCAAGAAAAAGAAGAAUUAAACCACUUACUCCAGGAAGAUCAUGAAGCUGCUAACCAGCGGAAGUUACUAACCAGCCAAAUUAGUCGCCUCAACAAAGCCUACCAGUACCUAGUAGACUUUAAGUCUCUGUAGAUUUCCUCAUCUUUCAGAAGUAUUUUUCUGCUUUUGCUUUCUAGCAUUAAUGAGGAGCUUCGCAAAAUCCUCCAAUGCAGCAACCUUUAAUACCAGUUUCUAGAUUUUUCUAAUGAUUUAGUGGUCUAGUUCUGUCUUAAUUUCCAUAGUCUGAUAUGCCUACCCUUGUCUAAGCUCCACUGCAGUAGUUGUGAUAAAAUGUUAUCCCACUUUCAACCAUUCAUUAUAAACUUUGUCUUCCAUACAGCAUUAAAAUAUAUUUUUUAAAAGCUUGA